AUGGAUACCCAACACAUCAGCCUGCCAGGUCAGUGGGUCGUCAUUGUCAAACCCUACCUGACGGCCGAGGUAAUGCAGAGAGAGCAUUUGUUGAAGUUGGAUAACAUGACGGAGGACAACAAUAUUCCCUUUAAUGUGCAGGUCGGUCAGAAGUUCGACUUACCCGAGUUAAAAGGCUACUCUGCCAGGUUCGAUGACGACACCAAAGCUGAGUUAGAGAGGAUGCCCGAGGUCCUUAGCAUCGAGCCAGAGCAGCUCUACAGCCGCUGUCAGCUUCAAACUGAUGCACCAUGGGGUUUGGGAAGGAUUUCAGCACGCGCCACGCUUGGCGCCCCUCCUUACCAAUACAGAUAUAGGGAUGACGCAGCCGGCGCUGGCACAGUCGCGUACGUCAUCGACACUGGCAUUAACGAUAGACAUGUCGAAUUUGAGGGCCGAGCUAUCAAGGGACCCAUAUUCGUAUCUGAUGGUUCUGCAAGUCCCGAGGACAUACUUGGCCACGGCACUCAUGUCGCGGGCACAAUUGCAAGCAGGGCAUACGGUGUGGCCAAGAAAGCAAACGUCGUAGGCGUCAAAGUGUUCAGCGAUAGAACGGGUUUUGCGCAGACUAGUGACAUCAUCAAGGCGCUUAAUUGGGUCGUUGACAAUGUCAAUGUGCGUGGCAUCAAAGGCCGCGCAGUGGUGAACAUGAGUCUGGGAGGCGGGCCCAGUCCCGCUUUGGAUGGCGCCGUUGCGUCCACUGUCCGUCAUGGAGUGGUAGUCUGUGUUGCUGCCGGAAAUCGGCGUGAUGCUGAGGCCAUGUCUCCUGCUCGCGAGCCGCUUGCCAUCACUGUGGGUGCAUCAGAUAGGAAUGAUGCGUUUGCCAACUUCUCAAGCUUCGGAAAGACGACUCCACAUGUGGCUGGCGUUGCUUGCUGCCUUCUGAGUGAUGCCACUUGGCAGGGCCGCGACUCUUCCGAGGUGAUGUCAAAGAUUCUCAUUCUUGCCGAUAAAGGCGACAUCACUGGAAUUGGUCCUGGAAGUGCCAAAGACAGGACAAUCAACGCGAUAGUACAUAAUACUACUAAUUUUUUGGAUGUUUAG